AUGACAAGUAAACCAGUUCUUGUGAUUUUGACGUUCUUUUUGGCUUUCACAUCUGCACAAUCCUUGGAAUAUCUCAACAAAGAAGGGGAUAUAUAUUUUGGGAAUUUUAACGAAAGUGCAAAUGGAGCGAUUUUCUCAAAACUCGAGAGUCUCUUAUCUAACCAAACGACUGAAACAAUUGAAGAAUGUUGGUCGUUGUGCGUACAAAACAAGGAAUGCUUGUCAGUGAAUACCAUUGCUUUGGAUCAAUCGCAACAUCAAUGUGAGCUUCUUAACUGGACAGGGACGGGAUUUGAGAACCAUCUUGUACCAAAAGUCAAAUCCAAGUUUAUGCAGAUGAAGACUGUUUGUUCAUCGAACCCUUGUCAAAAUGGCGGACAAUGCAUUGCAAAAGAUAGAGGGACAAACUACACCUGUACUUGUGCUAAUCACACUGGAAGGAACUGUGAAAUUAAUAUGUGCUCGCCGAACCCUUGUCAAAAUGGCGGSCAAUGUACCGUGAAAGAUGGAGGAACAAACUACACCUGUACUUGUGUUGGUCACACUGGAAGAAAUUGUGAGAUCAAUAUGUGUUUACCAAGCCCUUGCCGAAAUGGCGGACAAUGUAAUGUGAAAGAUGAUGGAGCUGACUACAGCUGUACUUGUAUUGGCCACACUGGGAGGAAUUGUGAGAUCAAUAUGUGUUCCCCAAACCCUUGUAAAAAUGGUGGAAAAUGUUCCGUGAAAAACGGAGGAGCUGACUAUUCCUGUGCUUGUGUUGGUCACACUGGAAAAAAUUGUSAAAUCAACAUGUGCCUACUAUUUGACUUUGAAUCUGGACAACUCGACGGCUGGACCCUUAMAGGAACAGCAUUCAAAUAUCAGCCAACUUAUGGCGAUAAUUCCCGGAUACGAGGCCAAGGARCAUCGAACCUCAGAGGAAAAUGGUUCAUAGGGACAUACGAGAAAAGACCCAGUCCUUCUCAUCCAGUUGCAGCACAAGGUGAUCCACCAACCGGCACUGCGACUUCUCCACCAUUUAAAAUCCGAGGAACAAAGCUAAGGUUUCUGAUGAGUGGAGGCUCCAUGGACAGCGAGCGGCUUGAGUUGGUUGACGUCAGUGGAUCGGUCGUUGCUAAGGCAACCAACCUAGAAAAUCUUSAUGGAAUGAAACAGAGAGAGUUCGAUGUGUCAUCACGAAGAGGCCAGUUAGCUCGUGUUCGAAUCGUUGACGUCUCCUCAGGUAUUUGGGGUUUUAUCAAUGUUGAUCACAUCGAGGACAACGUUUGCACAUUGUAA